AUGGCCGCAACAUGGUCUAUUCCAACCCCCGUUGGCUUUCUGGGGACGAGUAGCCUAGCAUUGAGGAUGGUAUCCGGCCUCCUCAGCAACCCAGAGUAUAGUGUCUGGAUAUGCGACAACGAUGCGCCUGAUAAAGCUAAGAUCAGUGUUCUAGGUGGAACCUUUUGCCAACACCCUCGGGACAUCGCAGCGAAUGUUGAAUAUCUUAUCUGCUUUGGUGAUAAAUCCGAGCUUGAGGCUCUGUUUUUCAGCAGCGACUCCAGUGUUCUCGAAGUCAUGGACACCAAUUUUUACAACGCUUUAGAAAUUCAUCUUUCAAGGCUUGGUCGAUCAGACAUUCUUCUAAUGGACUGUCCGAUAUCCGCAAGCCCAACAUAUAACACGAAGGGAGGCGUUGUGGUCUUUGUUGCUGGAAAACGAGAGGUUUUACGCAGAAACUCAAGCUUUUUAGACGAAAUAUCGGAUAAAUGGUUCAUGAUUCCUGGUACCUUUGGAGUUGCCAGUAAGGUCCAGCUUAUACAUCAGAUGCUCGUUAGCAUUCACAUUGCUACAGCCGCAGAGGCAAUUUCAUUUGCUAUUAAACAGGGGCUAGACCCUUUCGAGGUUUCUAAUAUCGUCAAAACAACUACUGGUAGCUCCAGAGUCUUUGAGGCUUGCGUGCUAGAAGUCUUGGACAAUCGGACUGUUGAUUUAACUCUUAAAGAUUUGGCCGAUGAUCUGUCCCUGAUGACGUCUAUUUCUCAUUCAUUACAGUUCCCCCUUCCUUUAUCUGAAGUCGCAGGGCAGCUUUGCACCAGACGCACUAGGCAGGCCACUGCCAAAGACAAAGACACUGGUACCAACCUAAUGCGCGUCUGUUGUCCUGACUAUCCGCAUGCUACUGAAACACGCCAUGCUUCAGAGAAUCUUUUCAGCCUGUUGAGCAAAAUCGAUUUGGACAAUUCCGAGUUUCCCAUCUCGGCAAUUGGUAUCAUAGGAUUGGAUAACACAGCCAGGGAAGUGGCUACAUCACUCCUUCGAGCAGGUUACGUUGUGCAGAGCUAUGGUGUUGUUCCCAACGCUUCAGAGAGAGCUUCUCAAAUUGAGGGCAAUUUCCUUCCCGCUAAAUCGCUUGUGGAAGCAGUUCGAGGUACACAAGUGGUCAUUAUUUCGGUACAGAGCGCAGUACAAGUAGAUGAUAUUCUUUUUGGCCCAGAAGAGGUAUUAGAGAACCUUUCUGACAACGCUAUCAUUGUCAUCAGCUCUUCUGUUCCUCCUUCUUAUAUGAAAAUCCUUCCAGGUAGGCUUGGGCGCCUCAGAACCGAUAUAAGUAUUCUCGACGCCCCUGUGUGCGAUUGGUCAACACAUACCGCCAAGGGCACUCCAAAUAUCAUGGUUUCGGGAGAUGAUUAUGCUAUCCGAAAAGUCAAAGGCCCACUAUUGGCCAUGGCCAAAGAUAUAUCCAACUUGCGACAAGUUCGGGGAGGAAUAGGUGCCGCUUCAUCUGUCAGUCUCAUCAACCAGGUUUUAGCAGGGAUCCAUAUUUCAGCUGCUGCAGAGGCUUUGAGUUUCGCGGCACGACUUGAACUUGACCCAAAUGUUGUGUUUGAUGUGUUAAUUAACACUUCCGCGUGGAGUUAUAUGCUGGAAAGCAGAGGGCCGCAAAUCCUCGAUGCGAACUGGACACCAACCUCGCCCCUUUCCACAUUUAUGAAGGCUGUGGCUAUGUUUAUUGGGGAGGCCAGGCAAUUGAAGCUCCCCUCUCCAAUAUCAUCUGCAACUGAUAUUCUAUACAAUGUUGCGGCUGCUAAUGGCUGGGAAAAUGAGGGAGCCGCGGGUGUGGUUCGCUUCUGGGAGCUUCUCACCGGCGUGUCUGUGGCCAAUUCCGUACAAGAGGCUGCUAAAAGUUGUAUUUCGGGGCUGAAUCCUAACCUCCCUACAGAUGGUUCAUCGGCAGCUUGA